AUGGCUUCUCUGUUGGUUAGUCCACCAGAGCUCCGAGACGCUUACUCUGUCACCCCGAAACACACCACAUCAGCCGAAGUUAAGGAUCACUCUUCUUCUCGUAGAGGCCGGACCGAGAACGGAGCCGACACGUAUCUCUCCGCAGGUAAUCCCUGCCUCGACUUCUUCUUCCACGUUGUUCCAAGCUCCUCCAAGAAAGAUAUCGAGAAGAGACUCGUCGCGGCUUGGGAUCACGACCCUUUAACAACUCUAAAGCUUAUAUGUAACCUUCGUGGAGUCCGUGGUACCGGAAAAUCCGACAAGGAAGGGUUUUACACGGCUGCUUUAUGGCUCCAUGGUUGUCAUCCUAAAACCCUAGCUUGUAACCUCGAUUCCCUCUCGAAAUUCGGUUACUUUAAGGAUUUCCCGGAGAUUCUUUACCGUAUUCUUGAAGGCCAAGAUAUCCGCGAGACUCAGAAAUCGGAAUGGAACGAGCGGAAAAGAGGAAUCCAGAGACUAUCUAGAGCCGGAAAAAGGAAAAAGAAGCCGACGGUGACGAGGGAGCUGAGGAUAGCGAACGCAGUGAAAAGGAACCAAGUGGAGAAAGAAAGAGCGAGUUUGGAUCGCAAGGACAAGAAGAUAGAAUUGGUGAUGCAAGCAUUCACUAGAUAUGCUCAUGAUCCAGAAUAUAGAUUCCUCCAUGAACGAGUCUCUGAUCUAUUCUCUGACCACUUGAGAAGAGACAUGGAGUUUUUGAGUUCCGGCGAAACAAACAAGAUCUCUCUAGCUGCUAAGUGGUGUCCGUCGCUUGAUUCUUCCUUCGACAAAGCAACUCUGAUCUGCGAGAGCAUCGCUAAGAAGCUCUUUCCACGUGAAUCCUUCUCGGAAUACGAAGGUGUAGAAGAAGCUCAUUACGCGUACAGAGUUCGUGAUCGGUUACGGAAACAAGUCCUUGUUCCUCUACGGAAAACUCUGCAACUCCCAGAGGUUUACAUGGGAGCUAAAGAUUGGGAAUCUCUUCCUUACAAUCGAGUAGCAUCGGUGGCGAUGAAAUCGUACAAGGAGACAUUCCUGAAACACGACGCGGAGAGGUUUCAGAAGUAUCUAGAAGAUGCGAAAUCAGGGAAAACAACGAUCGCCGCCGGAGCUGUGUUACCUCACGAGAUAAUCGGAGAAUUGAACGGAGGAGACGGUGGACAAGUAGCUGAAGCAAUGGAAACGAAUGGUUGA